AUGGGUAAGAUGGGUAGGAAUCGAGGACAUUCUGCUGACUUCAAGUAUGAUUCGAUUAGUUAUGCGCUUAAUUUUGAUGAAGGUGUUUCUGAUGAUACGCAUCCUGAUUAUUAUCAGUUUCAUAUGAGAAAUUUUUCUUCACGAUUACCCGCUUCUCCACCGGAUACUCCAUCUGCAAAAACAUCUUCUAUUCUAAUUCUUCAAUUCUUGUUUCCUCUAGAGAGAUCACUGCCUAUAGUUAGGGAACACUUGAAGAAGUUGAAAGAAGAGACGAAUAAUGAUAACUUGUUGUCACAACGACAACAAAAAGAGUUUCCUGAUUGGUUUAAGAAUCAGUUAAGAGCAAACUCAUAUUCAGCUUGCAACCUGAAUGGAAUUCGGUAUCAUACGAAACAACGUGAAGCUCGACGAACAACCCAAAAUAGUGGAUUGGUAGUUGAUUCAGUAUUUGAAAGCAUUGGUACAUUAUAUGAUGUUAUUGAGGUAGAAUACCUGAAAAAUUAUAGGGUUGUGUUAUUCAAGUGUGACUGGUUCGAUUUGACUCCACGGAAGAAAAAUCUUAAAACAGAUCAUGAUUUGACAUGUUUAAAUGUGAGUAGUACCUGGUAUAAGAAUGACCCAUAUGUUAUCGCAUCGGACGCGCGACAAGUGUUUUACCUGGAUGAUCAUAAAUUCGGAGCAGACUGGAAAGUGGUUCUAAAGAUGCAUCACAUACAUAUAUGGGAUGUGCCUGAAAUGGAUGAUGAUGAUGAAGAAGGAGAAGAAGAUGUUUAUCAACAAACUGGAGAUGUAACAAUAUCAUCAGUCAUACAAGAAGAUAAUAACGUUGGACUAGAUGAACUCCAUAGAGAUGAUGUGGAGGCAGAGUUGGUAGAUGCAGAGAUUGUACAUGCAGAUGAUAUUGACGUGGAUGAUAUUGAUGUCGAGGAAGAAGAUGAGACAUUAGUUGAUUAUAAUGACUCGGAGGUGGAAGAGGAAGACAUUGAGCCAGUUGACGAUGAUACGGAUUUAGAGGAUUAGUUAUUUGCAUUUUAUUUACUAAAAAAUAGUUGUUUGGUUUGAUAAUUAUUUUGAUUAGAAACGGCAGCUCUUUA